AUGGGAAGGCAUAGCAAUAGUAGAAGUAGUAGUAGUAGUAGUAGUGAUGCCAACACCAAAGUCAUUAGCUCCUCAAUUGUUCUAUUACAAGAAAGAUCAUCAUCAUCAUCAUCAUCAUCUUCUCAUCUUGAUCAUCAUAAUCAUCAAUCACUCUCACUUGGACUUGACUUGCAUUCCAAGCAAUCUUAUAAUGAUGAUGAUAUUUGUGCCUUUACAAGUCUAUGGCCAAAUACCAAAUCAUCAUCAUCAUCAUCAUCCAAAGCUAAUGCUAGCUCAUCUUCAUCAAAAAGUUUUGAAAAUUCAGAAAUUGAUACUUCUCUUCAUCUAUAA